AAUUGAAAUGUGAUAUUCUAAUCGUUUUUAGUGAGAAUUCUUCGCAAGUGCUAGUUUACCUAUCGGUGCCCUGUCUUUUUCUAAUUUUUAGUUACUGGCUGUGGAGAGAAUUUAUUCAUGUCCACUAAUUUCACAUCAUGGACAGAUGUAAUCCAAUCUCUGUACGAUGAAGUUAAAGAUUUUAGAUAUGGAAUUGGAAGUGUUCGAACAAAUGCUAAAAUUACCCAUUACACCCAGCUUGUUUGGGCCACUUCCCACCAGCUUGGCUGUGCAUUCGCCUACUGUGAUCACAUGAAUUUUCAAUAUUACUAUGUUUGCCAGUAUUGCCCCGGAGGAAACCUGAACACCAUAAUGACUCCAUACAAACAAGGAGAACCCUGUGCAGACUGCACUGAUCAUUGUGAUAAUGGGCUUUGCACCAAUGUCUGCAUGCAUGUGAAUAAAUUCUCAAAUUGUGACUCGUUGACCAGUAAAUACGGGUGUGAUGAAAAACACAUAAAAGAAAACUGCAGAGCUACCUGUGAAUGCCCUUUCGCAAUAAAAUAAAAGAUACUUUAAGGGUAAUGCUUCUUCUCAAGAGCAAAGUGACUCCACCAAAAAGAAAACUACUAUAAAAAUUUCAUUGACUUCUUUUAAAUGAUCAAACAAGUUUUGAAAAAUUCUUUGACUAAAUUCAUCCUCUUUCAUCAAUUAAAUGUGAUAAUAUCGGAAUAAAGAAAACCAGGUAACAAAA